AUGAUUCGUAGUAUUCUGAUAUUAUCCGUUGUCUUUGUGGCAAUUCAAGCAAUGAUGGCACCUUGUAUCGAUAAACCAGUGUGUCCCGAAGGAUGGAAGAAGUUUGAAGACAGAACUAAUGGACCAUGGUGUAUGAAGGUAUUCCCAGGGAACAUGACAUGGUGGGAAGCUGAACGUGAGUGUCGAUGCACUACAAAGGGAGCACAUUUGUCUGGAAUUGAAUCCUCAUCAGAGAAACAAUGGGUUGAGGGACAAGGUCAAGAAGUUCUCGAUAAAAUCCAAGACAAAAACGGAGCCAUCUGGAUUGGAGCAUACAGACGCAAGGAAUGCCCAUCUGGAGCCACGUCGUCAGAUGUCAACUGUCACGAUGAGAAAUUGUUCCAAUUCACCGACCAACAUACCUGCAAGACAUUCAUUUUCCAAAACUGGGCCGACAACCAGCCAACUAAUAAUGCCGGAGACGAUUGCGGUGCUAUCCUUGUGUCAACAGAGAGUUCUGGAGACAACGUGGAUGCAUCUGGAAAGACUAUCGCCAAGAAUUGUCUUCUAACGACUGGAACAACUCCAAUCAUGACAUCAGUUGGAUAUGUUUGUGGAGUGAAACCAGCUUAUCCAGGAAAUGAUUAUGGAGGUGGAUACAAUACAGGAUAUGGAGGUGGUGAUGGUGGAUACGGAUUCGGAGGUGGAGAAAUGGUGGUUAUUGGAGCUGGAAAGCCAGAAAAGAAGAAGAACUGA